AUGAACUCUAAAAUGAUGAAAUUCAUUUAAUAAAUGAUUUUAUUUAGAACUUUAAGAAUAUUUAAUGCAUAUAAAUUUCAUUAUGGAAAAAUUGUCAACUAAGCGGGGAAUUAUUUUCGUAGCUUUUACAAAAUUUAACACAAUUAUCUUCAUUAAAAGGUUUUAAGCUGGAUAUAGAAAAUAACUAAAACAUAAUAAAUUGUGUUUAAUUUUCAUAGUAAAUUGCAAACCUAAAAUAAAUAUAAAAUUUAGAUAUUUCUUCAAUUGAUUUAUCAGCAAUAAACAAUCAGCUGUGUAUUUAGCAAUUUAAGAUAAUUUUAAUAAAUUAAUAAUUUGACAAUUAGGAUUAUGCAAAAAGAAGCAGCUGUCUUAACAGAAGAUUUAUAUUAAAUUAUCAGUGAAAAUAUGAAAAAUCUGGAAUAUUUAAAUUUAACAUUUGAUAACUGCUAUAUCCAUCUUCCAAACUAAGAUUUUUAUUUUUAAUAAAUAAAUAAUCUAAAACAUUUAUCAAUUGAUAUUAAAGGUUAUUCAAGAAGUACUUUUAGGCAUCUAGGUCUUUUGAUAAACUGUGUAAGCUAAUUAAAAAACUUAGAAGAUCUUGAUCUAUUUAUUGUGAGCUCUGAUUACAAUUUACUUUCAUAAGACCUAACAGGAAUAAAAAAUAUUAUUUACCUUAAAAUUUAUUUAGCUUCUUAAAGACAUAUUUAGUGUAUAGUCUCUUUAGGUUAUAGAAAUAUACAGUAAUAUUUGUCUCUUAACUGA